UUUGUCUCUGGCUGAAUGCCUCGUGAUAUUCAUCUGAUGGGAUCGAGUAAAACAACACUGAAUGAGCCACCAAUCGGAGACGAGGGCGGUGCGACGACACUUAAAAAGAGUUUGUUUGAUAAAUAUUCAACAUUUCCACCCGACUCUCUGAACACAGAGGACACUCAGCAACACACACGUGUGACUGAAAUGAAGAACCUGCUCGUCCUCCUCGUUGCUGCGCUCGCGUCAGCAACAGGGGCAGAAGAGGUGAUAUACGCUCAGGUGGGAGACACGGUCGCCCUCAAGCCUCCACAGGGGAUAAAUUUACAAAAGUAUUAUUUGUACUGGAUGUUUGGUAAAGAAGACGGACUUCAACUCGCCUGGCGCAACACCUUAAACGGAGAUUGGACCACUCAAGAGGAACUCUGGAGAAACAUGUCGUUGAGGUCCGACAACUCGCUGGUGCUCAAACACAUCCAACGAGAACACUUUGGGACUUUUUUCCUUAAAAAGAAGUUUUCUGUCGGUGAAACUUCCAUCACUUCGUUUAAACUUCUCAAACUCACAGUGACUGUGGACCCACCGUCUCCUCUGCUGCCGGGCGACUCUCUGUCUCUGUCCUGCAACGCAGAACCUCUUCAGGGUCACAAGAGUCCGGAGAUACACUGGCUGAAUCCUCGGGGGGAGACAAAGACAGGUCGAGUCACCUUGAGAGCCACAAGCCAAGACAACGGCCGGUGGACCUGCGUCGUGACAAAUGAUGACAAAGUGAACGAGGCCAAAGUUUCCGUCACGGUUGUGGACCUCUCCCCAGCUCCUCUACGUCCCCAGUACACGUCUGAGUCCUUGUCUCUCACCGUCCCCUGUUCCCUUCCUGCUCACAUCUCCUGGGGACAAAUCAAAGCGAAGGACAUCAAGGAAAUUCACUGGCACUUCACCCCCAGAGCAGGCUCGAGUCCACAGAGGCUCUUCUCCCUCUCUCUGGAGGAUCCGCUGACCUGGAGGGCAGACCAGCCCAGAGGACUGCGCCCUGUGUCAGACCCUAAAAAGGGAGAUCUGUCUUUGACCAGGAACCGAGGCAGAGAAGACGACGCAGGAGAAUACGUGUGUGCCCUGGAAUUUAAAAACGGUGUGACUGUGCACAGGACUGUGCACGUGAAGGUGCUGCGAGUCGCCUCCUCUCCAGGAACACACUUGAUUUCUGGCCAGCAGCUCAACCUCACUUGCGGCCUCGGCCAUCCGCUGCCCUCUGACCUGCGUCUGAAAUGGUCCCCGCCCGAACAAUCGUCCCUGUUGUUGACGCCUGACCGCCACGCCGCCCACAUCACCGUCCCGGAAGUGGGGACGGGAGACGGCGGAAAGUGGAGGUGUGAGCUGUGGCAGAGCGACGAGCGGCUGACGUCGGCUGAGAUCACUCUGAAGAUCGAUCCCAAGCUGAGCGUGUGGAUGCUGGUGGUCAUAUGCAGCAUCACGGUCAUCGUAAUCCUCCUCCUCGUCCUCGUCUUCAUCCUCUGCCGACGCAGGAAGCAGAAGAGGAGACACCUCAGGCGUCAACUGUGCCAAUGCAAAACCCCGAAGCCCAAAGGAUUCUACAGAACAUAAUAUCUCCCAAAGACAUUUUAAAGAGGACAUCGCACCCGAUUGAAUUUCUGUUCAGAUAAAAUGGAUUUUUCUGUCGUAUCUACAAAAAGUGUGAAUCCCUGAGACUCUGCUGGUGCGUUAGAGGAUCAAAGACACACAAUCCUGUUCUACAGUUGUACAUAUUGGAUUGUUUUUCAUUUGCAUUUCACAGAAAUGUUCCAUUGAAUCAUCAUUUUGACAUUAGUUCACGUGAUAACUGCUGUUAAUAUUUGUUUAUGUUCGACUCUCUUUCCUCCACGUUGAGUCGAGAUGUGUUUUAUGAUGCUGUAUAAAACUGCACUGGCUUUUAUAAAUAUUUACAUAUAUUAUUUUCUACACACUUUAUAAAUGGAAUUAAAACAGGAUUUGUUUAUUUGCCGCUGACGUUUUUCAAUAAAGUGUUAAAACCUUUCA